AUGCCGGACCACCUAAAGGAUUGCAAGAGACUCGCAACAAAGGUCAUCCACGCAACAGAGGAAGAACAUAGUAGCAGAUCGGUGGCAAGGGAAAGGGACGCAGGCCCAACCCAAAAUGACUCGUCGAGAAGGGGCUCCACCCAUGAUAAAUCUAUCUCACCCAACCACCCUACAGGUCAGGCUGAUAACCCCUCUCCAUUUCCCAGAGAUUUCAAAAUUAGCUUGUUUUUAGGGAAUGUCCCCUUUGAUUGCUCAGCAGUAGAGCUCCAGGUCAUCUUCCAGAGAUAUGGCAGGGUUCUAGAUGUGUAUCUCCCAACCUUUCCAGGCAUCCAGAAGCCGAGAGGUUUCACAUUCGUCCAUUUCUGGUAUGAACAGGAUGCAAAGGCAGCCAUGGAUGUCCUCUACGAACAGCACAUCAACGGCAAGGUAGUCACAGUCCGAUGGGCUAAAUCCAAGGCACCUUCCAAGAAACACCCGGAUAAUCAAAUCAGGCCGCCUCCCAGGAAUAAAAUCUCACAUUCAUACGUUGUUGUGCUAGCAGAUAGAGCGCCCGACCUCCCCCACAAAAUAACGCAAAUAAUAGAUAGUAUCAUAAUAACUAACCCGAAGGCAGUGGCGAUUAGGCUAUGGGAUCUACAGUUGGGACUGGUUGAAACUCCAGAAGGGCUGAAUAUUUCCAUUCUGAAGUUAAUUGACUCCAUAAGAGCUUCAAGUUUUGUGGCAUCCAUAAUUGACAUGGUAAGAAUUUCCCCUGUUAAAUUCCUGAUGACGUUGAAAUCUAAGGUAGAUCUCAUAGACUUCCUGGAUGAUCCGGACCUCCACAGGAAGAUGGGAUUGAUUUUGGUUGUCAAGUGGUCAGCCAGCGAGGUUAUGGGAGAGGAAGGUAGAUGGAUUAGACUGUUUGGAAUUCCAGACCAUGCCUACACUACCAGAAAUUCGGCAAAGGCUACGGAUAAAAGCCGUAGCCAAAGACCUAUACUACGGUUUUAG